AUGUCUCCACAAUGCAAAGUGAUUGUUCUGGUUCCUCCAGAGUCUCCAGCAUCGGCCUCUAUGUCUUCGUUCCCUUCACCAUCCUCUCCCUAUAGGACUAGUCAGAAUGGUUCGGAACAGGACCCUCCAUCACAGCAGCCUAACUCACGGAAUAUAGGUUGUCUGUGUUAUCCUCACAAUGUCCAUUCUGGGAAUUCUGCGCACUCCACUUCAAGGCCAUGGAUGGACGGGGGGUCAUAUCCGGGAGGCUUCCCUGUUAGGAUGGUGUGA